GCCGUGGCAACCGCCGGUAAACAAGAUGGCGGUGGGAGCGAUGAGAGCGGGGUGAGCGCUGCGGGAGAGCCGGCCUUCCCCGGGCCUCGGGCCGCCCCUCGGAGCCGACGCCAAGACGCUGGGAUAUUCCCUCCUCACCGUUUUUCAUAAAAAGGGCUGAGCUGAGUUGUUUGCCUCUGCUGGCAAGGCACUUCUCACCAUCCUACAUCUCUUGUGGUGACCCAACCUGGCCCCUAGGGCAAAGAACCCGUGCAGGGCAGACUUCCCUUGCAGGGAUAACUCUGAAAAAGUAUAUAUGACAUCACAGAAUGGCUUAGGUACAGUUCCCACUGACAUGGAACUCAUGUCAUCCAUGAUGCAAAAAAUCAGUCUGUUGGAACAAAAAAUAGAUAAACAAGCACAAGAAAUCCAACUGAAGGAUAGAAAGAUUGCUGAGCUUGAGGAGAAGAUGAAGACUCUUCAGAAAGGAGAAGAUGCUCCGGACUCAUCCACAGCAGAGGAUCUGGAAACAAGGUGCCUUCAGCUGCAGACUCAGGUCUGGGAAAUGGAGAGGUUUCUAAAUGACUAUGGUCUGGUCUGGGUUGGAGACAGACAUGAAGAGCAGGAAGACUUAGAGUCACUCAGAGAUGACGAGCUGCUGGCAAAGAGGAAGCCAGGUGAGGCUGUCGUUUCCAAACACCAGGUUGAUUUUGAUUUAAUCUUGGAAAACGUGAAGAGUUUGAACAUGCUGGCUGGAGACUGCAUCUCUCACAUUGAGCACACACCGGGGGGAGCACGGCUGAGGCAGCCAGAACCCCUCCCUCUGACGCUGUAUCAGAACGGGAUCGUCAUGUUGGACGGACCCUUUCGCUCCUAUGAGGAACUGUCUGUUCAGCAAUGCCUACAGGAUAUUAUGGAUGGUUAUUUCCCUUCAGAGUUGCAGGCACGCUACCCAGAUGGUGUCCCUCUGCAGGUCACUGACAAAAGAGAUGUGGUAUUUCAGGAGAGAGACCUUCCUGGGAGUUUUCCUGGCCAUGGCCAGGUUGUUGGACAUUCAAAACUAAGCAAGGUGGAGGAACCUGCCAAGAUCCCAGGUCCCAAACCCUCCCUGGAGCAGUUUUGGAACAAAUAUUCAAAGUCAUCAAUGCACAGCGAAGCGAUGGCCACCCGAGACACAGUCGGAGCAAUGCAGCAGGGCUCUGAUGGAGUGUGGAGCAGCAAAGAGAUUGUGGUGGGAACACCCAGGCUGUCUGUCCUGCAAAGGUUGGAGACAUCUGAAGAGGCUGAAGCUUCUGCCCCUGAUGUCUGCACUCUCCGCAUCAAAUCUGAGAGUGGGGAGCAGAUGUAUGUCAUAAAGAUGCUGUCCUCAGAGACAAUAGGGGACCUGCGCCAACACCUUGCCCAUGCCAGGGGUGGAGAUUCCGACUCAUAUGAGAUCAUCAGUACCUUUCCCCAGAGGGUGUAUGCGGACAACUCCAGGAGCUUGCAGGAAUGUGGGCUGAUCCCCAAUGCCUCCUUGCUGCUGCGGAGAAGAGACCCCUUCCCACCAGAGGGGACAGCGCUGCAAACAGCCUAGCAGCUCCUCUGCAGGAGGAAGGAGCUACCUUGUACUGUUAGCUGAGUUACAACAUCCCCUUGGCUGGGAAGAGAGCGGAGUUUUCUUGCCAGAUCUAGUUUCAUUGUGUUGUUACCUGGGAUGGAGAGCAAGGUUCCUUCUUCAGUCUCUCCCUUGAGCUGAGUGCCACGUGCCAGCCCCAGUGUUCUGCCCCCUGGGUAGAUGGUUGCUCUUCCCCAGGGCAGGUGGGCUGCUAUCACAGGGAUUUCUGUUAGCUCAAGGCAGAGGCCUGGUUUCUCACCUCUGCUGGAGGUUAUAUCAGCUGAUCUCUGCUCAGGGAAGGCUGCCAGCUUUGCACUGGUAGCAAGGCAGUUGCUUAGCUGGACUCAGGGAUUCUCUACAGCAGCAGAUAUCUGGGCAGGACAGACAAACAGCAACCUACUUUCCACAGAGUUGCUGCCCAGAGAUUUCAACGGCAUUUACACCAGAAGAAAAACAGGCUCAGUUAUAUGGUCUUGAGCAAUGGCCUUGGGCCGUUGCAAUACUGGGACCGAGCCAGCCUCCUUCCAGCCAGGAGAUCCUGCUGCUGGGUUUCCUGGAUGUGAGCAACUCCUUUCCUUGGACAGCCCCCAGCUGCAGAGGGGCUGAGGCUCACAGCCACACAGAGCCAAGCCUGCUGUGGCUUGAAGCUGCUGCCUGCCUUCCUCCCUCCCAGCCUGCUGCUCUGCUGCAACAGGACACCAUGUCAUUGGAGAAGAGCAUAAUCCCUUUGCUGCUUCUCCUCUGAACCCUGAGAGUAAAGCAUCUUCCUCACCUGUAGACUGGGGCCACGCUCUGCAGGCCCCUUUCCACACACAUUCUUCCCAUUUCAGCUCUGACAAGUUCCCACUUGACUCCCAGCUGAUAACACUCCCACGUGUGCAAGGCAGCGCCUUCUGGCAGCUUCCCUUUUAGCAGAAGCCCAACACAGGCUGUCACCCAGCCCUCAUUAACGGCUCCCGAUAAAAACACUUCUUUAGUUGCCAUUUCCACUUUCAUUAAGUUUCAAAGGAGCAGCUAGACACAGAAAUAGGGCAGGAUGGUCUGAGCACUUCCUGGAGCAGCUCUGCUUUCCCCAGCUCCCUCCGACCAGAGCCGGGCCACGCACAGCUCAUACAGGAAGCACCACAAGCACAGGCCAGCUGCCUCCACAGCCCCCCUACAAUCAGUGACUCAAUGCCUGCAGCUGUCCAUUAGUUUCCUCCUUUUUCCACAUACACUCCUGUAUUUGCUGUAACAGACCCUUCCUACAGGGCAUUGCCCUUUUGCAGAGAGCUGGUCUAUGACCUACCAGGUAAUUCCAGUUGUCUUUUGCCCCUGGGUCUGGCUGCAGCUGUAUCUCCCCCAGGCUGUUCUUACCAUGCACAGGAGAGGGCUGCUUAAGGGCCACUGCUGCUCUGUCAGAUACUGAGACAAGUCCCAGGAGCCCUGCAUUAGCGGCAGCAGUCUGAAAUGUUAAGAUCUUUGUGUCAGGCUGCAGCAGCACAGUCACCUCAGCUCCUCCAAGCUGGAGCUGACUUAGAAUCAUCAUGAAGACUAUUUAACCUGUAGCCGAAAUAAAAGCAAUUUAAAAGGAACCCACGAGUACCAGCACAAAAGGUACAGUAACAUUUAAUAGCAUCUCGGAAGACAACACUGGUUAUAAACUCACUUUUUGGCAGGAAAACAAAAUGCACUUGGUCCAGGUUGCAAAAAGCCAACAGAAAACAGGAAAGAUAAGACAGCUGGAGCAUCAGCUGCUGUGAAGUAACCCUGAGCCAUCGGCGCUCACCAGGGAGCCCUCACGCUGUGUCACAGCAGAGAGCACUGAUGGAGCAGUGCAGGUCUCAGCUCCAGGCCCACCCGCUCCCAGUCUGCCAAGGGACACCUCAGCCCCAGCCUGCUCCCCAGUGGGUGGUCAAACCCAGCUUUGUGCAGUAUUUCUGCAUUAAAUUAUUAAAAAACAAAACAGUUGCCAUGAUUUGUGCAGUUGAGAUGAAAGUUUUUUUUUUUUUUUUU